GUCCGGUCAGAGUUGGCAACGCUAUUCAGUAGAUCAUUUAAAAGGUGUCACCAGCAGCAGAACCCUCGGUGCCAAAAAGAUACAUUUGAGUUGUUGCAAGACAUCAUUAUCAGAAACCGUGGGAUAUCAAGAUGGCAGACAGUGGUGUCUCGCCCAAUGGGCAGCUUCCAAGGUCACAUGACCAAAGAGGCACCGUUGGCUCCGCUCCUCGCAAAGGGAAGAGAGCGGUGAAUGCUGCCAGUGAGCCCGAGACAAACGUGUCCUUAGAGUUCUCCAAGAACUACCCUGCACUCUGUCAGUGGAUGCCAGGUCCAAACGUCUCGGUCCUCCAGCCCAAUCAGCGGGUCCGGAGAGCGAACAUGUCAGCGGGCAGAGCUGCUGUCCGACAGCCGGAGAUCCGAGGCUGCCCUGAACCGGGCAAACCAGGAGAGUGCACCCCUUCAGAAGAGUGUCCCCCUUCAGGAGAUGGCCAGAGGGACAGGAGGCAGGAGGGAGAGCUGCAUCCCUGUUUACAGAAACGCACCUACUUAACAGACAGGAUCCUUAACUGUGAGGAGGGUCCACUUGAUGGAGGCAAAGGCACCUUAAGAAAGUAUACCAAACAGGGUAUGUCGAGAGGGGCAGCGGGAUUGGCCAAUGUGGAAAACUCUCCUUGGCUAAUUGGGGAGAAGCCUCAAAAAUCAAAUGCAAAGAAUUGGAGUCCUCCGAAAGGGUUCUGGAAAGUUCUUGGGACGGAAAGUGUAGCAUUGCAUGAUAGGGCGGAUACUUUUGACAAUGAAAUUCUCCAGAAGGAAACUUGGAAUGCCAACGACUCAGAGCAUCCCAAUACCGACUAUGGCAAUGGGCCUGGGCAAAGGGGUCCGUCAGAGGAGUUGCCGGGGGCUGAAAGCUUUGACAUCUCCACACUCAGAUAUGGAGAGUGGACUGCAGAGAAAUGGAAUGCGCACAAACCUGGCCAUCUGGAGGGCCUCUGGAGGACAGACAGCUGGGAGAGCGUCAGCAGUAAUGCCAGUUUGUUAUCUCUGACAGAAAGGGUGGAGCUGAACCGCUCCAUCCUCAAGCGGACACUGAGGCCUGCUCACCUCCAGCCAGGGCCUGGUGUUGAAAGCCUGCCCCAGGAGAAACUCACAGCACCUGACUGCCAAUUCCAACCCAACCUGCUGGAUGACAUCUUACCAGGGAAGGCAUGUAUUAAGCAAGAUGCAGUAACAUGAAGAGUAAUGUAAAGAGGAAGCUGCGGGACAGUGCAGAGUGACAGUGACUGGGACUCGGGGAUUUCACUGCAGGAGUCUGAUCGUGGAAUGAGAGCCUUUGUGUCGUCCAGCCAGCUGCCACUGAGUCGCAGACACGAGCAGGCGAAGAGACUGCUAGAGAGAGCUCGGAUGAAGGCCCGAGCCAGCCCUCUCAAAGCCGACCACAGCAUUCUGCCCAUAGAGAGGAACCCUCUGGAAGCCAGUACAGACGGCACCUCUUCACCAAAGAGAGGCCCAUUCUCCAGAGAUGGACCCUCUUCAAACGCCCGUAACAGCGGCUACCUCAGCGACUCCUCCAGUGGCGAGUCGCACUGCGGGCUGCGGAAGAAGCGGAGCCAGUCCCCGAGCCGCGUGAGGUUCGAGGACGAGUCCACGCAGGAGGCCGAAGUCCGCUACCAGCUGCGGAGGAAGUGUGGCACCGAGUACUCGGCCCACCGUGGUCCGAAGGGGUUGAUGCCAAGGCCCGGCCUUCCGGCCUAUGGGCUGCCCGGGAAGGAGGGCUUGCCGAAGGCUAGCUCAGGAGAUGGCAGCAAAACUUACUGUAAAAAUGCGCAGGGCCGGGGGGCCUGGAGAAGCGGUGGCAAUCCGAUAACCAAUGGAGAAAAACCCACCGACAAGACAAACAUUUCUCAUAUCAACACAGCAAUCUGCAUCGAUGGAAAGUGCAGUUCCUGUGGGUCUCACAUCAUUUCGGAUUCCAAAGCUGGUAGCUUUGCACCUCCUUCUUAUACAUUUCCAGAUAUUAGGACUGUCCCCCAAGGAAAGGAACUCUAUCUGCACAAAUGGCACGAACUUCCCCUGGAUACUGCAACAGGGGUAAAGACCAACUUGGCUGUGGAGGCUGAAGAUGUUGGGUCGCUGUCCACCAGUGCUGUGCCCUGCUGGGUUCUUCCAUCAGAGCACAGGAUCAGAAUUGAGCCCAUCAGGGAAACGUACAUUGGAGAUGUGACUUCCAUUGAUGACAUCUCUGUGGUUGAUGGGGAGGAGGUGGCUGUUUCUUGCCAAGACAAUGCUGCUGAGGUGAACGAUAGGGAAGGCACCACGGUCUCGGCCUACUGCUAUGCCAUUGUAUCGGGCAGCAACAUGAGGACUACAGAUGGUUUGAAGCUGAAUGCCAAAGACAUAGAUUGGCCAAGGAGAGGCACUGGGGAGAACAGUGUCACCUUUGAACCUGCAAGUGCUACAGCCGACUGCAAUUCAAAGUCUAGGAGGAAAACCUUGCAUGGAAGGGGAGACUGCACCCAGCAAGUUCAGUGCCAAAGUAAGGAGCCUGUCAACAGCAGUCAGGAGCUAAGGAUCUCUGCUGAUCCCAAACCAGUGAUCAGUGUUUGUAUGUCAAAGGACAGUCAUGUAGCAAGCCUAAGCUCAGAGCAGGAUACAGAGACCUCUCCUGAACUGCUGCAGCCUACUCCGCAGUCCCCAUCUCCAAAGUCAGACCAAAGCUCCAAGCAGAGUAGGGCACGAGUAACCGUACACGGCUCACCUGUCCCUCGGAAAAGGGGCACAAGGUCGCUCGGAAGUGGUCAGGUCAAGAAGAUUCCGCCCCCUCUCCAUUCCCAAAACAGAUCCAGGGUGCUCAACUCACACCCAACCGACCCAACGCUUCCCCCACAGUUUACGAAUAAGACUUCCUGUCAACAUCCUCUUCUCAAAAGGCCACUGAUCAGCAGAGCUAACCUGACAAUCCCAUCCACUUCCCAGCAGAGCGGCAUGCCCCUAAUCCUGAAGAGCCAGCCUGCAACGCACCUUACUACCUACUCAUCUCCUCAGUAUAGGCUCGUUCAUUUAGAUCUGCCUGGUAAUGAUGGAAGCCUGCCUGAUUCCCAAGCUGUUCUGGAAACUUCUUCUCUCCAACCUCAGCAACCAAUGCCAAAUGACCACAUUCUUGCUUUGCACACUUCAGACCCUUCAGCUCACUGUCUGUCCAAUUCUGCCAUUCGGCUGCCAAGGGACACAGUGACCGUUGGCUGCAGCAGUCAAAGUUUAGGGAACUACAGGUCAGAGGUCGGGAUGAGAAGUUCGCAGGUAGCCAAUCAAUUCACUGAUGCAAGUGGAGGGCUGUUGCGCCCUGAACACCAUGACCCUGUCGAGCCCACCAAGAACAGAAACUGUCUUACCAGUGCCAGUGCUGAACAGAGUGCUGAAACAAAUAACAAAACAGCAGAAAGAUGUUCUAUGAUGGUGAAGACUCAGUCCCUGGACACCACCACCAAUCAGGAGGAUCCAGCUCCAGACCCAGGGGAGCACCAGGCCUUGGCCCAGCCUCCUGAGCCAGGAACCAGUACCGGCGAACCAGAGACCAGGACAGGCAGCUGCGGAGAGGGGUCCGCUCACCACCCAGCAAACCGGCCUGUAGAGGGCCAACAGGUGCCAGCUAUUGCUGGGAGCAGCUCUGGAGCUCAACACAGCCCAAAGAGCCACCAGAAAUCCAGCUCUUCCCUGAAAGCCUUCUUCUGCACAAUCGGACACAGCACAGUCAGUAAGUUGAACAGACUCCGGUCAUCCAGUCUGGAACAGAUUAACAGCCGGUCAACAGACAAUACGUCAGAUGAACUGAGGUGUGAGGAGAUUCGAACAAAGCUGAGGAAGACUCCCUCCCUACAAUCCCUUCGGCUGGUGUCCCCGUUGGUUCAGUUGAGGAAAGCCGCGUCUUUUCAAUCCCUUCACUCCCAGAAGAAGAGUCGAUACAAUUCUUACUUGGUGGGGGAGGCAACAGAGACUGGCCUGGGGCACAGCAAGGCCAAGCCUUCUGGUCGUAGGCCAAUCACAUCCUUCAGCACGGAAGACAUUGGGUCGCCCAAUCACCCAAGGGUUAUUGGUCAGGUGACCCAGACGUUCGCUGAUGCCAGCUUCAUGCUUGAACUGUCCAAGCCGGCCCAUGGUCCUUUUGGAUUUCUCAUCUCUAGGUCAUGCGGACGUUUAUUUAUUCACCAAAUGGCAGACCAGAAUGCUGAGAAACUGUACGUUGGAUUGCUGGAACUGGGGGAUGAAAUUCUGGAGGUCAACGGGGAAUGUGUUGAAGAUCUCAGCUUCAAUGAGGUGAACAGUCUGAUGCUACAGGGCAGCACGGUGUCCAUUCGGAUCAGAAGACAUAAUGGAACCAGCCGGCAGCAGGAACACUAACAGUCACGGCCCAUGGCUUAGAUUCACAGCCACCGCAAGCUGUUCACUCAAAGUACUUUCAGUGUUUACCACACUCAGAUGCACCUGGGGUAAAUAUCACCUCCAACCAGGCCAGGCACGAUGGUGCUUCUAAAUCCAAUAUUUAUUUGCAUUAAUUCUCAGACCUGGAACAUGGGCAAGGGACAGUAACAGUUGCCAUUCUGGGUGCCAUAUCGAAGGCCAGGGCCCUGAGUAGCAUCGAUGUUGAGCGUCCUUGUCAUGUACAACUUUGUUUGUUAGCCAACCUCCAACUGCGACCCAAUCACAGUGGCACUGAGUUCAUUUACGCAGGCAACUGAAGCACCUCCUUUCUUUAACCCCUGAUUGGCUGGAGCCCUCCUCGAUGUCCAAUUGGAUGGACAGUUCUCAGUAUUGAACAUUGAUUUGUAAUUCAGUAGAAACUGGGGCUUUUUUACUCCCCGUUCAGACAGAUCCUGUUAUUUCCCAAGCACACUUUCUGUUGUUCUGACGUUGAGGAGUUUGAUGAACCAGUGUACUGAGGACCCCAAACAUAGAAUGGACCGGGAUUUGUACCUUCCUCAUAAACUGCAGGAAACUCAACGCUAACGACUAAACGAAUUGGGGACUGACAGCCGGACCAAGGCUCUGAGCUCUCGCCUUGUCAGAAAAGGGCAUCGAGUUACUGGUGAACCAUCGUUGUACUAUCCUUUUGAAAAUUAUACAGUAAGAGAUCUUCAUACAUUUACCUUCAAACUUUGCUCCCUUAUGCCAGCAGCAGCCACAAUUGGGAGUGGUUUCAUUAUCGAAACUGCCUGAUCCUUCCCAGUAAUAUAUAAUACAACUCCAUCACAGAUAUAACACUCAUGAAAUAAAAUUGCUAUUUAUUUAA